AUGUCCACUGUCAUGAUGCUAGACGUCUACCGUGAUAGAGGCCCUAGGAUGAAAAUCGGCUACGUGAUCGACGGCCAGUUUCUCGGUACCCGACUCAUGUUGGCCCCGACCGCUGUCUACAGUCUGCUCUUCGCGGACGAUGGUGAGUCCAAAGCCAUGACAGAACCGGAUAUGCAAUGGAAUAUGAAUCUCAUCGCCUCUGGCUGCCCAAAGUUUGAGCUGACCAUCAAUACGGACAAACGGUAGUCACAUACUAAUCGGCAUUAGAGGGGGAACACACCACGGCCAGUUCCAACGUGAAUGACACUUGAUUGGUGUCCGUGGAUAAGUUCGCCUACCUAGGCAAUACCAUCACAAACAACACCAGGAUAAACUAUGAAAUGGCAGUCAGGGUCUCAAAAGCCUGCCGAGCUGUCGGCCGGCUGCAGACCUCCGUUUACAACCGCCACGAACCUCGAUUCAACACGGAACUCAAAAUGUACAGGACGUUAGUCCAGACAAUGCUAGUGUGCGGGUCGGAGACGUGGACUGUUUACGCCAAUCAAGUCAGGCAACUCAAUCACUUCCACCCUACAUAUACUCGGAUAAUAAUAAAACUGAGGCGGCAAGACAGGAUCUGGGACAUGGAAGUCCUGGAAAGGACGGGAAUCUUCAGCAUACCCGACAUUCUGAGGUAACUGCAGUUGCGCCGGGGUAGCCAUCUCGCGGGGAUGAAUGACUGGUGCAUACCCAGCUGACUCUUUUGCAAAGAUUCUACUGCGGGUUCUUGUAAUAAGGAGAACCACAGCGAUGCUAAAAGGACAGUCUGUGGACCCCUCUUAUGGAUCUACAAAUCAAUUCGACCUAGAGAAGAAUAGUAAAGAUUGGAACUACAAUUCAUGAAGUCAGCUGUUAAAGUCAAAAGAGCCACUCGUAGGCCUAACCCUUCAGACUUACAACACCAACACCCAACCACUUCCAACCCACCCGGGCUUACAAUGAAUUUUCCGCGGACGGAUAAACCUCGUCGCAUAUUUUCGGUCUUGAUAUACUAAAGAUUGCAUCACGCUGGCACCUCCUGCCUCCGUUGACGUCCCCACUGUCACAUCUGUAGUGACCCCCACUUACGCAACCACCACCGCCACCGGUGUCCACAUUCUUGAAGCUCCGACGCCUCGGCCGACUCCGUCAAUCCUCACCACCGCUACCAUCCUCUCGACGUAGAGGGCUAUCUCGCCACCUCAUACCACUGGCAAGAACACUGUCUACAUCCAGUCUGCAACUACCCUCACUGCAGCAGCUCCCACCACCAAUAAUGCGUACUCGAUCUCAAAAUGCUUUUAUAGCGGUCUCACCAUUACCCCGCGCAUCGGUCCGGUCGGUUGCCUGCGAAUCUAUCGCACAGAAACUGGCGAACUAGUGUCUGAAGCACCAACAUACACCAACCGCACCUACAUCAACUGUACGCAUUACCCAUGCACAGCCACUCACGUCAUAGACCUACCUGGUCACAUGCCCAUCCAAGAAAACCAGCAGUAAGUCCCUACUGGCCAAAUCAAAUCACCCCAAAUCUCACCACCAUAUACGACACACACGAGUCCGUCCCUCAUCAUGUGAGAUCCGAAUAGUCAACUCUCUGUGUGAAAUCUUCGUGGGUUAAAUGGACGACAAGGUGGUGUGUAUGUGUGCGUGCCAACAAAACGGGACAAGCGAGAGAUGUGCUGGAUCAACAUGGAGCCAUAUCGGAUUCUGGCAGGCGUUAUCUGAACGCGCACCAUAAAAAAUGCCAGCAAUUCGGGGUGCGGUGGUAAACCCAAUUUCCGGCAGACGUUGCGCACAUUGGGAUUGUUGCGGUUCUUCACUUUUCUUGUAGGUUAAAAUCCUGGACAUUUGCUGUGUGAACCAGGGGGUGUGGAGGGGAGCGCCAAGGUGCGGGCUUGACCAUGCCAUCCACCUACGUCCUUCCCCCGACUAUGGGGCUCUUGACUAUGUCUUAACACUGGGAACAGGUGGGGAGAAGAAGGGAGUGCGGUAGAUGCAGUGUAAGUCCACAUUUAAUAUAGAAUAAUCCACGCACAAGUCAUCGUCCCUGCUCCACCUUGCUGUGGGACACACGACGGACAUCAUCGAUAACGAUGGUCGAACUGUCGUGUGUGUAUGUAUGUAUUUGGGGGUUACGGACGGUUUUUUGUUGACGCCAUUCGUGUACAGUCGAAAUUAUAGAUGCAAUUAUAUACAGUCAGCAUAAAAUAUAGUCGUUGUUGCUUUUUGAAUUCCUCAUAAAUUAACUGGUAACUUUCAGCUAAUCAGCUUAUACUAAGGUCUAUAGGCAUAGACCGAAAUCUGAUAUAUGAAUAUUUACACCGAAAUACAUCAGCCACCGCGGUAUAGCCGCGUAGUAUUCAUUAACCGUCGACAGGCAACCUUUAGUAUAUUUUAGUGUUACAAGAUAGCAUAGUAGCUUUUAACUAGCACCUGUGCAACUAGUAUGGUAUCUUGUUACGCUAACAUAAAAUAUAGUCAUUUUUACUGUCUACGGCAACAUUUCACGUCAAGCGUGCAGUGAUCCUUGACACGUAAUUAAUUCACGAAACAAAGUUCUUGGCUGACCGUAGAUAUUCCUGCAGUGAGAGUCGUCGGAGAUAAAAUAUUAAACAAUCCGUCUGCCUUUCAAAUUCAACCAUGGCAUCAGAAGCCAAUACUUCACUUGGAAAUGAGUUCAAGGUCAAAUUACUCGCUGACUAAACGAAAACGUCUAUUGGUCUAUGCACGGAUAUCUGAGUUUGGCCUUGUGUGAAUGACCGCGCAGGUGACUCACGUUUGUAAACUCAAAGAAAUCUUCAAAUCUGAACGAACAGUCAUGCCUGCAGAUAAUGCGGAAUGUCUGCAGCAGGCAGCACCUCAGUAGUCUAUGUGGUGUGGGUGGCAAAUUCAGCUUGAACUGUCUGCCUGGAUAUGACGGAGUCCUAAGAUCGUCCUCCAGUUUUGUCACUCGUCGUUGCACCUGCUGCGUGGGGUCAAUGCCUUUCUUUAUCCACAGCAUCCAUGCUGGCAUGCCAUAUUCCAGAUGCAAACGAACGCACCAAAGAUUCGCCCAAACAUUUCGCGAGGAAAGACUACGAAAGCGUAUCUAAUCCAGUGCAUGAUACUUGUUGCGUUUCGGGCGGCUCUUUUGCAGUGUUCGGAGGGUGGCAAGUUUGAACUUAUCCGGAUACCUAGGUCUUUGUGUGCAUCCAUUUCUUCUACCGAAAUCGUAUUUAUGGUAUACUGGUGUUUUGGGAAGCGUCUUCGACCACCUUCAAAAACUGAGACCACACAUAUGUAAACAUUAAAACUUAUAAGCCACUUGGUGGACCACGCAGCCAAUAUAUCAACGUUUUCCUGUGAUUUCUGCGCGUCAUCAGCACAGAUGAUUGUUUUCCAGUUUUUUAUCCUCGGUAAUAACCACGGCAUUGCGGUCAGGAUUUUCAGUACAAUCGUUUACAUAUAUGGGGAAGAGGAGAGAAUCUAGGAUCGAACGCCUCGGGAUGUCGCUUUCUAUUGGUGCCCAUUCGGAUGCAGUGGUACCUAAAAUUACUCUUUGUACCCUGUAUGACAGGAAACAUUCAAUUUGCUUAAAAUGUUGCCCUGGAUUCCACACUGUCACAUAUUUAGAAGAGUCGCUGAUGAGGCUCGCAUUCAAGUGUCCUUCUGAAGUUGAAGAAGAUGGCAUACACUGGACAACCCUGGUCCGCGGGUUCCGUCAUUUUCCCUGCGAGUAAAGACUACUAUUGAGGCAUGAGUAACCUUGCACAAAAUGCAGAUUAAACAAACGCAGUGGUGAUUUUUGAAUUCAAGCCUGGAACGUCCUUUGUAGAUCGGGGGACGAAGUAAUUUUCAUUCGUCCGUGGACUUUGGGAUACCCUAUGCACCUACUCUCAUAGUACGUCGUGCAAUUCUUGAAGAGCAGGCGGGCGAAUUCUAUCUGGACCAGAUGGCUUGGCAGUCUUCAGGCGGAGUAUUUCUGCCCUCAUCGGUGAGGGUGAUAAGUAAAUGUUAUCAUCUAACGCAAACUAUACAUAAUUUUGUCAUUGUUCUGGGUAGGGGAGAAGAAGAGGAUUCGUUUCGUGGGUGAAUAUCGACUGAAGGAAGCUAUAAGGCGCUGAUGCUUUCUUUUGGUCACCCGUCUCCAGUAUGCCGUUUUGGACCUCGGCACCGAAAUCAGGUCACAAUUUCUUUUUCCAUUGCGCAUGAAACCGUAAGUGGCUUGGGAUGCGACAAAGAAUUCUGCAGUGUGCUUAACUCACAGCUCCUUCGAAGUUUAUUGAUCUCACGGUGACACACAUCCUGCUGUCGAUUGUAUUCCUGCGAGCGUUCAAAACACCGCGUUUGUGGAAAGGGAAGCUGAUGUGGCCAGAUUGUUAUUACUUUGCGUCCGAAGGUUCCGACGAGGCAGAUAUGCACCCGGUAAGUGCGUUGGCAGCGUGGGUAUCUUGGAAGCAGUUGGCUGUUAAUAUUGUGGAGCCGAGGCGCUUGUGACUUGCUAGCUUCUCUUCUGGCUUUGGCUGCAGCGAUCGGGUUUGCUUUGUAAAUGGCUGCGCCAGUCAUCACUCCUCCUGUCCAGGCAGGUCUGUUCUGGACAAGGUCUCCGGGUUGAUCUGCAGACGUUUAAAAGAGUUCGCCAGAGUGUCCUUGUAGCUUCCUUUUGGUUUGUUUGAUUGGCGAACACCCGUGACGACAUCACCAUAGACGAGAUGCUAUCGUAGGCAUAUGUCUUCCACCCUCACGAGGUGACCGCUCCGGUGUAGUUGCAGUUGCCUCAGCAUGGCCUCGAUGCUGAGAAUUCCAGUCCGUUCUAGGACUUCCGUGUCCAGGAUCCUGUCCUAUCAUCUUAUCUUUAGUAUUCUGGGAAGGCAGCUAAGACGGAGGUGUUUGGGCUUCCUGGCAUGGCUGGAGUAGACGGUCUAGGCCUCCACUCUGUGCAGGAGUGUCGCCAAGACGACGGCUUCGUACCUCUUCAGUUGGAGGCCGUGAUGAUUUCACACUGGAGCCUGAAGUCCGCCGAAGAUUUGGCUGACUUUGAAGAUCCGGUGGGCCACUUUGUCGUUGAUCUUGAUGCAGCUUGA